UAUUAUUUUACAAUUGUAGGAAAAUUUCCAACAAACAUGUAUAUAUGAACAUGCGUAUGUCAUAAAACGUUGCGAAUACUAUAUUUUUCUGCGCUCUGAAAGAACUUAAGCAUUAUUGUUUAUGAAUUAGAUUUUAUAAAUGAAAUUAUACAUAUGUUUAGUGAAGUCAUUACCCAAGUUUGGUUUCAAUCAAUUUAUUUCUUUGAAUCAGAAAAUGUUUAUUGAUACAUCAUAUUGAAUUGCUAUAAAAUUCAUCACGUUUAUUACCGUUUAUAUAAUAUUAUGAUCUAUUGAAUCACUCCGAUACUGUAUUUAGGGACAAGUAUAAUUUUCCUGCACAGAGAAUUAUUUAAAGAAUCAUUUAAAGACGAAUAAAAUGGUUAUGUGCAUGAGAAUGUUAGCUUUACCAUUAUCGCGAACUAUUUCAACAAAUUUUACAUCAAUUCGUCAAAUGAGUAUGGCAGUUAAAGCAGAUUCCGUGAAAUCCUUGUUUUACAAGGAAUAUGGAGAACCUGCAGAUGUUUUACAUAUUACAACACAAACUAUUAAUCAACCAGAAAGUGAUCAGGUGUCUGUUAAGUGGUUAUUAGCACCCGUUAAUCCAGCUGAUAUAAAUACAAUACAAGGUAAAUAUCCAAGUAAACCACCUUUACCAGCUAUUCCAGGAAACGAAGGAGUUGGCGAAGUAAUAGCUGUUGGAUCUAAUGUAAACAAUCUAACUGUUGGUGACAGAGUUAUUCCAAAUGGUACAAAUUUAGGAACAUGGAGAACACGUGCAAAUUAUAAUUCAGGAGAACUGAUGAAGAUUCCAAAAGAUGUUGGUACCAUAGAAGCUAGUAUGUUGAAUGUGAACCCAUGUACUGCAUAUAGAAUGCUUAAAGAUUUUAUUUCAUUGAAUCCUGGAGACACUGUGAUUCAAAAUGGUGGAAAUUCUGCAGUCGGACAAAUGGUUAUACAAUUAUGCAAAGUAUGGAAUUAUAAAUCUGUCAGUGUUGUUAGAGACAGACCAGACAUAGAAGCACUAAAGGAUCAUUUAACAAGUUUGGGUGCAGAUGAAAUACUUACUGAAACUGAAAUAAGAAAAACGCAAAUUUUUAAAAGUAAAAAAUUACCUUCUCCAAAAUUAGCUUUGAAUUGUAUAUGUGGACAAAAUGCAUUAGAAGUUAUGCGACACUUAGCCCAUGGUGGUAUUAUAGUAACUUAUGGUGGCAUGUCCAGAGAACCUUUGACUGUUCCAACUUCUGCACUUAUUUUUAAGGAUAUAACUGUGAAAGGAUUUUGGAUGACAGCAUGGACAAAGACAAAUAUGAAUUCCAAAGAACGCAUAGACAUGUUUAAUGAACUAGGAAUGCUAUUUAAAGAUAAAAAAUUAAAAGCUCCACCACACAAGUUAGUUCCGUUUUGUGAAUUUCAAGAAGCAGUCAUGAAUGCACUUAAUCUUGAUGGUAAAACUGGAGUGAAGUACAUUUUAGAUAUGACUAAAUCUUAAAAUGAAUCCUUUUUUUGAUAAUGAGGACUUACAAUUUUAUUAAUAACAGCUGCAUUUCUUAUGUAUUUAAACUGUUACUACAAACAUCAAACAUAAUGUUAAGACUCAUUGUGUUAUGUAUAGCCUGACAUACAUCUUAUAGUGUAUUGUUGAUCAAGAUUUGAACUAUAUUAAUUUUGUAAUAAUUUAUUUUUAAUUGGUAUGAUGUAUUACUGGAAGUUUAAUGUGUGUAAUAAAUUGAGUAUGAUAUGUUAUAAA